UUGAGAAGUCUCCGUUGAAAACACCUGGUGAUUAUUUUAGAUCGGUAGCCAUGGCGAACGAAAUGUUCUUGAUGAAACUGAUUUUUGUAACAACUCUAGUAGUGGUGACUCUGACGCAAGUUGCGCAACCCCAGCCAGACAGAUUGCUCAGCACUCUCUCUGAAAAAUCAUUCCAAGAUCACGAGAAUUGCUUGCAACACUUAACGACAAAAUUGUUUGGAUUUCUCAAUGAAAUUAAUCCACCAGAAAAGGCUAGUGAUAGUAAAAUCACCAGUUUUGGAAAAGAGGCCCUGGAGAUGAUAUCUAAAAAACUGGAGGCCAUGAUGUCCAACUGCCAAAAUGGGGCUUCACUUAGAGUUACGCCAAUCGUCGUUACUCACUUGAACAAAAAUGGAAGGAAUUUCUACGUUGAGCAGCUGAUCAUUCAGAAAAUUGUGCUAAAGCCCAUCGUGGUGGUGGAACAAACCAAUGACAAAGAAAUUCAGAUUCUCAAGAUCAGAGAGAACGAAAGGUUAGUGGAGAAGAUGCAAGUGGAAGUGGAAAAUAUGAAAAGGGACCGAAUUUUGGCAAUGCUCGACUCUGAUAUCGAAACACUCGAAUACGACUUAAAAACCGUGACUCUUGAUUACGAACGCGAGAAAUCUAGUGGUCAAUUUUACUACGACAAGUUUAACAAAGUCGAAGCGGAACUGGUGGCCGAGAAGAAAAAGUUUGAAGAUUUAAAUGCAAUUUACCUGGACAUCAUUGACAAUGCUUGUGGUUGUCAAAAGUGUAGAGUCAUCUUGGGCAAUAUGCAAACACCGAAUUGGUUUCCUAAUUUUCAAGCCUCCAGAACUCCAAACUAG